CAGCCACCGGGGACACGGCAAUUUCCAAGGUUGGGUCAUCCACGUACUUUGAUCAUUGGAUUCGCUCUGCCCAUUUGAUUCUUCAUUUUCAGUAAAGGCCAACAUAGAUAUCACGUUGAAGCGCCAUUGAAACAGUAUCCUCUAUCAAGAGGUCUUUGCCUUCAUAACUAUGCAUACGCUCAAAGCCACUGCAUCUUCCUCCCUCUCCCUUGCAGAGGGCCAUUACAUCUAUGCGAUUACGCCUGCUUCGCCGGAAUCAUUCGCAGUGAUCUCAUCGGAUGAUUCGCUUCGUGUAUUCGACGCUAACAGACUCGAUCAUGCAUCUGUCAUCGCGGCGAGCGCUCAUGAGGGCGUCACAUCUCUGAAGACAUAUGAUGCUAACCAGCAGCUGCUGGCUACGGCGGGAAGAGACAACAAAGUAAAGCUGUGGGAUCUGCGCAGCGGCAAGAAGACUGCUGUUGUAGAGAUGGAGACAUCCAAACAAGCACCCAUACUAUCCGUCGCCUGCUGCCCCGAAGUUAACGGAGUCGCAGCUGGAACCGAGCUGGUUUCAUCCCAAGCCAUAGUCGCUUUCUGGGACACAAGAUCCCCUGGUCAAACAAGUCUCCAAUACGUCGAGAGCCACAAUGACGACGUAACAGAGCUCCAAUACCACCCCACACGCCCCACCCUCUUCCUCUCUGGAAGCACCGACGGUCUCGUCAACAUCUACAACACUACCAUCACCGACGAGGACGAGGCCCUGGUACAAGUAAUCAACCACGGUUCCGUGCACCACGCCGGCUUCCUCAGCAACAACACCAUCUACGCACUCAGCCACGACGAAGUAUUCUCCGUGCACCCAGCGACUGAUCCUGACGAUCCUACCCAGGAGCCGAGCCCCAUUCAAUUCGGCGAUUUGCGGCAGCCGUUAGGGUGUGAGUAUAUUGCGCAGCUGUGUGUGGGCGGUCAAGGGGCGUAUGUGGCUGCGGGAAAUAAGGAGGAAAACCGUCUCGACCUCGUUCCCCUCAUUUCAGAGCCGUCUUGGAGAUUCGAUCAGGAGGGGGUGUGGAGGUUGCCCGGGGCGCAUGGGGAGGAGGUUGUGCGGUCCGUCUUUGUUGAUGAGAAGUCGCAGUCUGUGUUCACUUGCGGUGAGGAUGGGUUCGUUCGUGCGUGGAAGCCUGAAGGAGAGGGGCCUGCCCACGCGGAGGAGGCUGCAAAGGGUUCUCGCAAGGAGAAGAAGAACAGGGAGAAGGGGAGGUUCAAACCUUACUAGGUAGUGUUGUUGAGAGAGGGCGGAAAUACCUAGGUUUACCAGAGUAGAGGUACUACUAUUGUUGAAG